AUGAGCUUGCAGGCAAUGUCAUUGCAUUCGGAGGUGCCGAUAUUCGAAAAUUCGCCGCCUGAAGCUGUAGUACAAUUUGCGUGGAGAGAAAUUAUGCGAUCUCCAAUUAACCACGAGGAUUUAGAGCAUUUAGCAGCGUUACCAUUAUCGCCACUGCCGUCCAUAAUACCAUUUUCGAAUGAGGUUAACGUGGAAGGUGAGCGAGCGACGGUAAAGACGUUGCCUACGUUACAAUGUAGGAUAUCUCGUUUCCAAAUGGGAACUACAACCGAGGAGGUCUUAGCUUACUUCGCAGAGCUUUGCAAUGCUGCCGAAAAUGUUUAA